AUGAGUAAGAAAGAUUCUAGAGGCAAGCCUAGCACUGUAAAGACAGAGGAGACCAGUAGUAAGGAAGAAGUCAAGGUCAAAAAAGAAGUUUCAGCUCCGAUUAUAGUGACCCCUUCUACUGUCAAAACUGCUUUGCUCAGACUUCAACUCGAGCGCUUGAAGCUGAAAUUAGCCCGUAAAAAGAAAAUAACUGACCGUAAAAAGCACCAAAUCACGCCUAUGACUGUUGAUGAAAUGAAGAAGACUUCUAGGAAGGUAUCCUUCAACCAAAUAUUUUGAUAUGGGGUGCUUCCUUAUUACGACUACAUUGACAAAUGUUACCUCCUAAUGAGUUGAUUUACCAAAAGCUUAAGGAAAUUCUGGAAAAAGUUUGAAGGUGCGAUGCUAUCGUCUGACAAUCUUUUCAGCAGAAGACUUCUGAUAAUCACGGAUAGUUACCUUGAAGCGGUGGAUUACGACAACAUUGAUCAGGAAUUGAGCUUCAGGAAUCCCAUUGGCGGCAGGGAGUUUGGUCAAAGGUUCACUCAGAGAGAUGUUAAUGAAGAAGAGGACAAAGAAGAUUACAUCCCUUACAAAGGAUGCAAGUUUUCAUACUAUAAUAUUGAGCUAGUGGCUGUUAACUACAAAUGAAACUACAACCUCUUCAUGAAACGUCUCUUUAGCAUUCUUGAGAAUGGUCAGGUCUUUAGCCAUCAGUAUAGAUACAUCAAGAUCACUCGAUGUGUCGGAUACAGGCUCACUGAAGUGCAAGAGAAGUUAUUGCUCAAGCAUUUUUACCAAACCUGUAAAAUGAAGGAUAUUGAUAUCAUGGACAAUUACGAGACAAAAGAUAAGAUUGAUUAUUACCAGAACGAAGUCAGCUGUACUUUCUUCAGAAAACCCUUAUUUACCGAAGGCGAAAGGGCUUCAAUGGAUGAGUCAGAACAACGUGACAAAGUUGGGUUCUGAGGAAACUACUUCCCACACUUCACUAUUGACUUUAGGCUUUGUGAAGAGAAUGAAGAAAAUGUCAAAGAGCUCACGGUGAAGAAAAACUUGGCUAUUCGAUGACUCUCAAUUAAAGGAUAUGAUAGAUUAGAGGAUGAUCACAAUAAAGAACUCCAGAAGUUGUCAUUAAAGUGAAAUAUGCUAAAGAUAUGGCCACUGGUUCCUAAAUUAUCCAUGUCCGAGUGUCUCUCAUCACUCUAUUCUUCAGGUGUUAAAUACCUUUGUAUUGGGUACGAGUUUAAAAAUGAAGCUAUCAGUGCCAAAGAGACAGAAAUUCAAGGAAAAUUCUUUCAAAAGUUAUUGAUGCAGUUCUCCCAAUUAAAGUAUCUCGUUGUUUGGGGAUUUCCUGUGACCACAGUCCUCACAGCUCUUAAUCUUCAUAGGAAAGUUCUAGAUUGUCUGAAAAUUGUAACUGGGCCUUAUAGAAACUACUACUUUGAUGAUAAAAUAGGUGAGAUUCACUGACAUCCAGGCAAAUAUGAAUACAGGACAAAAUCAAACGUAUUUAACAUUCAAGCAAGGGACUCUGUUAAAGUGUACAGAGAAGGCCCAUGCACUUUCUCAGAGAAGACUACAAUUAACAAUGAUCAUUUCGUUGAACUUCUCUUCGUAAACACCAUCUUUUUCAAAGGAAGUGUGAGAGUAAACAGAUAUCCAGGAUCUAGGAUGAACUCAAUGACAAAGAAGCCAUUCCAAAAGCCUUGAUUCAUCAUUCCGAAGCAGAACCUCCAGAAGGUAUUUAUAGAGCACACAAAGGCUUUGGUUAAAGAGAUCCAUUUCCUUGCUUCAGUGUGCAAUAAGAGGGAAAAAGUCAGUGGAGAUUGUAACUCACCUACAAAAUUUGAAGUAAUGCGGAACUACAUGCACAAAAUUCAGUGGCAUGACCUGACAAUUUCGUACAUGGCAAAUAAGGAAGAUGAAUAUGUCUACAUCAUGAGCUUCCUGAAGAAACAAAAAAAAUUGUCCUAUCUAACUCUAUGGAUCAGCAACAUUGAUUACUUAGUAAUCCUCAGAAGAUGUCUAAGGAAGAUCAUCAUUUCCGAUAGCUUCAAGAUCUAUAUUGUACAAGGAGAUGGCAUCAAAGCAUGGUUCGACCAGUGGAAAGUUGAAAACCCCAGGUAUUACAAAUUCCUCACCUGGAGAUGCCGCAUCUUUGUCCUAUCUGGCAACAGAGAAACCUAUGAAAAGAAGAUAGAAGUCAGGACACUCUGUGAGACAGGUUAAAUCUCUAAUUUCACACUUGAAUUUCACAAAUAUUUCA